AUGUCGUCUGAUCCAAGGCGCGUCUCGUUGUUCAACCGAUGGCAACAGAAGCAAACAGAUGUGCCUACGGGUUUAGAAGGCAUUAAUGAAGAGGAGCUUAUUGAAUACAAAGAAGCCUUCCGGUUGUUUGACAAGGAUGGAAAUGGAUCGAUUUCAUCAAAAGAAUUGGGCGUUGCAAUGCGAUCCUUGGGUCAAAACCCCACAGAACAAGAACUGCUGGACAUGGUCAACGAAGUCGACAUUGAUGGAAGCGGAACCAUAGACUUCCCAGAGUUUUGUCAAAUGAUGAAAAGAAUGAACAAGGUGAGGCAGAAUUUUCUUUCGUCAAAAAUAGAAAUCGUAUAUCCAUUAGGGGAUUUAGCAGCUCCAAAAAAA